AUGUCUGAAGUCCAAUCACGAUCUUCUGCCUCCCGGGGUAGGGUAUCCGCCCGGGGUGGCCGUGGUGGCUAUAGCUCGAGAGGUGGUCGAGGUGGCAGCAGCAGAUCGGCCAAGGCUGACAACUCAGACGGCACAUUCGCAUUCGAGGACGAAGGAGAAUUCGGCGAGAUGAAGAAGAAAUACUCCAACACUCUACCCAUGCUGAAGGAGUUGUUCCCCGACUGGACUGACGAGGAUCUCGUGUUCGCCCUGGAGGAAGUCGACGGUGACCUCGAACAGGCAAUCGAUCGCAUAACUGAAGGCAAUGUCUCUCAGUGGGGAGAAGUGAAGAAGAAGACGACCGAGAAGAAACAACCCAAGGCAAAGGAGGUAUCGACUGCUCCGAUCGAAACAACUACGAUUCCCGCCCGGGGUGGUCGCGGUCGUGGUGGAUUUGAGGGUCGUGGUCGCGCUCGCGGUGACCGUGGCCGUGGGGGCCGUGGCGGUCGGGGCGGUAUCGUCCAUGCCAAUGGAAGCCGCCCGGAGAAGUCCGCCGUGACGACCACCACUACCACCACCACUAGCACCGCUGCCCCCGAGACGCCGGCGACCGCGCCCCCGGAGACGAAGACGACGGUCGAGGCUGAGCCCGCCGCGGCCGAAUCAGCCGAGACUGGGGCCGAUGCAUCGAAGACCACCGUGGGCACCAAGAAGGGCUGGGCCAGCUUAUUCGCCAAACCCGCUCCCCCCCCUCCCCAGAAGGCCCCGGCCGCCCCUGUCCCUACCGCCGCCCCCGUCCCUCCUCCCGUCCCUGCCCCUGCGGAGAAGCCCGCUGCUCCUGAACCCGUCGUGGAGAAGAAGGAGCCGGAGAAGGCCCCCAUCCCGGUCGCCGCUCCCGCUCCGGUCCCCGUGCCCGUGGAGAAGGGCCCCGAGCCCGUCAUCCCCAAGCAGAGUGAAGCCCCCGUGGUGCCCGCUCCCGUGCCCGCUCCCAAGGAUGACUUGACGCGGAACAACCUGGCCCAGAUCCCCGAUGUGUCCCCCCCGGCCCCCACGGCCACGGCGGCGAGCACCGUGGGCAGCCACUUCGACCAGGCCACCCACGUCGCCAGCACCCCCUCGCGUCAGCCCGCCGGCGGCGUUCCGACCAGUGCCUUCAAGCAGACCCCCCGGGGUGCCGCGGCCCGCCGCGUGAUGGAGCAGCAGGAGGCCGUGGUCAUGCCGGGCAACCAUGCCGUGGACCGGGCUGCCGUGCAGUUCGGCAGCAUGGGAUUGAACGGCGAUUCGACCGAGGUCGACAUCGACGAGAACCGCGAAGAAGCCGAGACGCGCGCUCAGCCUCCGCAGCACUCCCCCGUCGCCGCCCGGGCCUCCCUCCCUCCGUCCACCCAGCACCAGGCCCCGGCGGAGACCCCCGUGGUCCCGCGUCCCGCCCCGGGACUGCCCCCCGUCCCGCAGACCUCCGCGGCGGACACCUCCUUCGACUUCGCCCGCUACACCGAUGCGCAGAAACCCUACGAUCCCUUCACCCAGCCCGUGACCCAGCAGCCCCAGCCGCAGAUCCAGGAGCCGUUCGCCAAUCAGGCCCCGGUCCAGCCCACCGUCACGACCAACAGUGACUUCACCCCCUUCUACUCCAUGGACCAGCGUCUGCCGUACAACUACUACGGCGGCUACAGCCAGUCCCAAGACGCCUCGUUGGCCCAGCGCGCCGCCGCCGGGUUUGGCGUGUCGGGUGCCGAGGCGCAGCCGCACGUGCCCACCACCCAGCCCCCCGGCCGCUACGGUCACGUGGAAGCCCCCAACAGCGGCCACACCACCCCCAACCCCACGCUUCCGGGAGCCGCCACCCAGACCCCGACCGCGCAGCACAUGCCGGGCCAGAGUGCCCACGCGGCCUACGGCUACGGGUACCCCUACUACUCGAACCCCCACUACGCCUCGUACAUGAGCCAGAUGACCCAGCACCAGUACGGCCGGAACCGCCCCAUGUACGACGACGCGCGCCGCUACGACGACCACUACAUGCCGCACAGCAACCAGUACGGAUACGGCAGCCAGUACGCGCCGUACGGCAAGGGUGGCAUGUACAACCAGCCGCAAGGCUUCAGCUACGACCACUCGUCCUCGCCCGCGACCGCCGGCAGCUUCAACCAGGCGAUGCCGGGCCGGGAUUCGAUGUACGGCGGCCGCACCGGGUCGGCACAGCCCUCGGAGACCCAGCAGACGGCGGCGGGCAGCACGGCCUUCGGGUCGGGCAUGUCGGACGUCUUCGGUCGCAGCCCCGCGGGCUUUGGACAGAACCAGCCCAUGUCGCAGCAGCCGCCGGUGACCGCGGAGGAGGCCCCGAAGAGCUUCGACACCCCCAAGGCGGCGGGACCGAGCCCCUCGCUGGCCCAGGCCAACCGUCCGGGCUCCGCGGCCAACAACGUGCCGGGUCAGCCCCAGGCGCAAACCAGCCUGCCGCCGCUGCAGGCCCAGCAGGCCCAGCAGGGUUUCGGCGGGUACCCACAGCUGGGACCCCAAUACGGGGCCGGACUGGGCUCCCUGGGCGCGCACCAGGGUGGCGCGGGAUCGCAGAGCCAUCACCAGGCCAGCGGCUAUGGGAACUACGGGGGCGCGGCCGGGUUCGCGAACUACUACGGUAACAGCGGCCGCGGCGGCUGGGCAGGCAACUAUACUCAUUAA